AGGUCCAUGUUGAGUUUUUCAUAUAAAAGAAUAUUUCAAGUGGACAAAAGGCUGAUCGCUUCACUAAUAAAACCGUCUUUAUGUCAGAGGCUGUUUCAAACAUCCUUUAAGAUGGCCAAAAGUAAAUUUGAGUAUGUGAAGUCUUUUGAGACUGAAGACAAAUUAGAUCCAGGACACUGGAUAGUAAUAGCUUUGAAAUGUUGUAAUAUGCAGAAGUUUGUAGAAGCUUUCGACCUAGAGCAUCCCAAUGACAAACGUCUCAUUCAGUUGAUGGAAAGCUCCACCAAGUGUGUCAUGGAAGAGUUUAAGGAGCUGCAACUUUGCUAUAGCUUUGCAGAUGAAUGGAAUUUUGUUUUUCCCAAAAGCACAACCCUCUACAGGAGAAGAAAAGCCAAACUGUUGACCAACUUAUGCAGUCUUACUUCAGCUUCAUUUGUUGACCUGUGGCCCAAAUAUUUUGAAUCAACAUCUCUGAGUUUCGUGCCAGUAGUUGAGGGAACUGUUUAUUUAUUUCGUGAUCAGGGGUUAAGAGAUUACAUGACACAUCAUCAGCUCAUGUGUCAUUAUAGAAAUCUGUAUGAAACUGUACUGUGGUCAUUGGUUAAGGUUUCAGGGUUCAGUGUCGAGGAGGCUACAGAUGUUUUGAAAGGUAAAAGUGAAGGUGAGAAAAAUGAACUCCUGUUUUCAAAAUGUAAUAUGAAUUAUAAUAAGGAAGAAGCUGUGUACAAAAAAGGUUCUACUUAUGUCCGAAGUCUGGUGCCUGUUCAGGUUACGACUCCUGAUGGUUCAGUCACGCAUCGUAAUCAAAGCCAGAUUCUUGUUUUAAAUACGGACUUUGUGAAAGAUUCAUUUUGGGAAGAAGUCUUUCCACUGAGUGAAGAUACAAAAAGCACAGGAAAAACCAAUUACUUGAAAGACUUCGAAAAGAAAACAAAAUUGUUACCUCAUACUUGGAUUGUAGUUAGAAUAGAUGGCAAAGGUUUCCAUAAAUUCUCAGAAAAGCAUAAUUUUAUAAAGCCCAAUGACCUUCGAUCUAUAAGUAUAAUGAAUUAUGCUGCCCAAGCUGUUAUGAAGGAGUACUCUGAUAUUGUAUUGUCUUAUGGUCAGAGUGAUGAAUAUACUUUUGUGAUUGACAGGUAUUCAAAGAUGAUGGCACUUAAUGGAAAUAAGAUCAUGUCUUGCAUUGUAAGUCUGUUUGCUGCUACUUAUGUGCAUCAAUGGGUUAAUCUUUUCAAGGAUACUGAACUUCUAUAUCCUCCUGCGUUUGAUGCUCGUGCUAUAUUAUACCCGAAUAAUUCAUGCCUGCGUGAUUGUUUGAGUUGGCGUCAAGCUGAUUGUCACAUUAAUAACAUGUAUAACUUAUGUUUCUGGACUUUAAUUCAGAAAGGAAACCUGACGGCUAGGCAAGCAGAGAAGAGAUUGUCAGGCACAUUCUCCAAAGACAAGAGGCACAUUCUUUUAAGUGAGUUUAAUUGUGAUUAUGAUCAGGAAGAUGCUAUUUAUAGGAAAGGAACUGUGAUGUACAGAAGGAACCAAACACUCGAUGUUCAGGUUCCAUUAUCAAGUCUCCAAAAUGGUAGUGCUUCAGAAAUUGUUACUGCUCACGUUGAUAUUAUAAAUGAUAAGUUUUGGGAUGAAAGGCCAUGGAUUUUGGGUACAGAAAGAGGGGCAGUAACUGUGGAUGAUUUAGAUAACUGAAUAAUAUUACAUUAUGCGUGCAGAGUGAAAAUAAAUGUUAUCUACAUUAAUGUUUCAGUACCUGUACAUACAUUAUACAGACUGAAGGCACCCAUAAAUGUGAACAUUAACUUUUGUCCUUAUAUUCUUUCUCAUUUGUGCAGUACAUACGUAUACUGUAUGAAUCAUGUUCAAUAACCUUUUUGUAUGGCUCAUGUUAGUUAUUUUAUAGUAUUUAAUGUUGAUGAAUGACAUAGAUCUUUUAUAUUUCAUAAUAUAGUAAGAAGGUUUUGUUGUAGGCUGUACAAAUUUCUUGCAUUUUGCAUUGAAUUUCACUGUCACUACUUUCUGUAUGAAUAAAUUUUUACAAUUUUA